ACAAUCUGUCUUCCGUCAUAUAAUGUUAUGUCAUUUAAGAUAACCUCAAUGUGAUUUAGCAUCCAAAAAUAAGAAGAAGCUUUCGAUUUAAAGUGUAUUUCUAAAAGAAAAAUGUUAAAUACACUUCGUGGGGCUUUGACAGCCAACUUACAAUUACAACAGAUAAGAUGUGCACAUAGAAUAAGAGGCAAAGCUCCCAUUUUCUGCCGCACUAUAAAGGAGCGGUUGGACGAACUUAACUAUAAAGAUGAAUUGUAUACAACAAGAAUUGAUAUUGGUUUGCCCCGAGCGAAAAAAUCAACAGAGGGUAAACGCAUAUCAAGGUUAGAUCAUCUUAAGAAAAAUAAGGCAGACAAGGAGCUAGAGCAGCUGGCGCGCAAUAACAAAUUGGAAAUUGAUUUAAAUGAAGUAAAGAAGGAAUGGCUCAACACAUUGGGUCCCCAGCAUAAGAAACAAAUUGCUGAUCACUAUGGUGUAUUUGAACAUUUAUAUGGAGAAGGAUACUUUGUUCCAUAUUUGAAUUUGGAAGUAUUGUAUGAUCUGAAAAACGGUUCUUAUCUUCCUGUUUAUACUGGUAAUGAAAUAAAACCAGCAGAAGCUCUAGAGUAUCCUAUUGUUAACUAUGAAAGUGAUGAUAGCACUCUGUGGACACUGGCUCUUACAAGCUUAGAUGGCCAUUUAACAGAAAGCAACAAAGAGUAUGUGCACUGGCUAGUUGCAAAUAUCCCUGGUAAUGCUGUAGAGAAAGGUGAUACAAUUGUGGAUUACUUGCGCCCCAUCCCCCUGAAGGGCACUGGGUAUCAUAGAUAUGCAUUUGUUUUAUACAAGCAAGAAGGGAAAUUAUCUUAUGAUGUUACAAAAGUAACUUCAUCAUCACCACUGGAAGACAGGACAUUUGUGACGAGAGAGUGGUACCAAAAGUAUCAAGAUGACAUAACUCCUGCUGGACUAGCAUUUUUCCAAACCAACUGGGAUGCUACAGUUAGAGAGUUCUUCCAUGAUGUGCUGCAAAGCAAGGAGCCAGUUUAUGAGUAUGAUUUCCCUAAGCCCUAUCACAGACCACAGGAAUGGUUUCCCCGAAGAAAGGCAUUCAACAUAUACAUGGAUAAGUACAGGGAUCCAAAGCAGAUUAACAAGGAGUAUUUAUUACGCAAGUUGAAGAAUGAGGAUCCUUUCAAGAAGCCUCCACCGCCUCUCCAGUUCCCCAAUGCCCAACCGUUCCCUAAAAACAUGCCAUCAUGGUUGAAACUUCAUGAAGAGAAGAUACGGAUGGGAUGGGGUAGAAUUAAUGAGGUUUAGAUAUAGUAAAUGUAUUAGCUAGAAA